AUGGCUGUGGCGGUAGCGACUGGUAGUUUUGCCAGUUUUCGACGGCUCCAGGGACGGUUUUCGUCGGAUCAGGUCUUCGAGUCCAAAAAUGAUCCUCAUGUAGUCCCGAGCAAGACGGCUGACUACAUGUUCCCCGAGUUCUGCACGGAUGUGCGACUCAAGUUGACAAAGUGUCCCCUGAGUCUUGCGAGGAAUGCGGCUCAGGCUGACUAA